UACUUGAUUUCAACAAACGCUCUCUGUUUCUUUUUAGUUCUUUUUCAGUUUAUUGAAUUUACACUCAAAAGAUCUUACAAACCAUGGCUACUGAACGCGAAAAUAAUGUUUACAUGGCCAAGCUCGCUGAGCAAGCCGAACGUUACGAUGAAAUGGUUCAAUUUACCAAAGAUGUUGCCAAGAUGGGUAUGGAAUUGACCGUUGAAGAGCGUAACCUUUUAUCUGUUGCCUAUAAGAAUGUCAUCGGUGCCCGUCGUGCCUCUUGGAGAAUUGUUUCCUCUAUUGAGCAAAAGGAAGAAAGCAAGGGUAAUGCUGCUCAAGUUGAAAAGAUCAAGGCUUACCGUCAAAAGAUUGAAAAUGAACUUCAAGAAGUUUGUUCCGAUAUCUUGAACGUUUUAAGUGAAGAUUUGAUCCCAAAUGCCCAAGGUGGUGAAUCUAAGGUCUUCUACUAUAAGAUGAAGGGUGAUUAUCAUCGUUACCUUGCCGAAUUCCUUACUGGUGAUGCUCGUAAGAACGCUGCCACUGAAGCUCAUGACGCUUAUAAGAACGCUACCGACAUUGCUCAGACUGAAUUAGCCCCUACUCAUCCCAUUCGCCUCGGUCUUGCCCUUAACUUCUCUGUCUUCUACUACGAAAUUCUCAACUCACCUGACCGUGCUUGUCACUUGGCCAAGCAAGCAUUCGAUGAUGCUAUCGCUGAACUUGAUACCCUCUCUGAAGAAUCUUACAAGGACUCUACUCUUAUCAUGCAAUUAUUAAGAGACAACUUGACUUUGUGGACUUCUGAUUUGCAGGAUGAAGCUGAUAAGACUGAAAACAAGCCCGAAGAAGUCGAUGAAUCCAAGUAGAUAGCACACUAACAUCAACAAUCAAUUGAAACGUAGAUUUUUUUAUAUUUCUUAUACAAGUAUAAAAAUUCACUUUUCCUUUUCUUUUUCCUUUUACCAAUUCCAAUAAAGUUGGCCUAAAACGACAUAAACACUUACACGUCAAGUUCAUGCCAG